GGAAGUUUUAUACGAGUGGAUGUGAGACUACAUGGGUCUGAAGAAGAGCAGUAAAAUGAUCAUGAAAUCCUGACAAGAGUCCAGAAGCCAGAGGACAAGGACAAGUUGGGAUGACGUUACCCAAGGCGGUGCAGUUUGCUGCGGUUCUUCUGGCUUUAUGCUUCAGUCUGCAGGAUCAGCGAGUCGGACAGUCUCUGACCAACAUCUUUAAGGAUUUCCAGGAAUUUAUGGAAACAAGAACAUCCAGUGUUCAUCUCCGAGACAAAAGACAAGCUUCCUUAAAUGUGACUGAGUAUGAAAUACAAGUUGUCCUGAACAUCUCUGACCUGGAGAAUCUCCGACUGGCUCUGAACACGCUCGCCUUUCCCUUCACGAUCAACAACAGCACUAUUGAAAUAAGCAGCAUUGACACCACAACAGUGUGUUCCCCAAAUGAGACCAAGUACCAGUGCACAUGUGAGGAGAGCUUCGCCUGGUCCUAUAACAGCUGCAUCAGCCACGGAGCCUGUGAUGCCAUCACGGGGAACACGUGUGGAUGCAUUAAUGGUCUUCCUGCAGAUGACCAGUACUGCCAGUCAAAUAUCAGCCAAGCAGUGACAACAGCAGCAACAACUCCUCCUACAACACCAAACGUGACAACCGCAGCAACAACUCCUCCUACAACACCAAACGAUCCAGUGGAGUUCAGCAUCGUCCUUGAGUUGCGUUUCCCAGUCUCGAGCGUGCCGUCAAACUUCUUUGACAGAUUCAGAGACACCCUGGGAGGUUUAUCCUUCCCCUUGAACAUCUCACAAUCUUUAACUGUAGUGAACUUGAACUUCACCACAGGGUGCUAUCCAAACGCCACUGGAGGACUUCAGUGUCAGUGUGAGGAUGAGUUUGCUUGGUCAUGUGACAAGUGCGACCUCUACGGCACAUGCAAUGCCACGAGCGGACAAGUCUGCGACUGCAUAAAUGGACUUCCUCCGAAUGGAGAGAUCUGUCAACCAAACACAAGUGUCUCUCUGUGUCCAACACCGAGUCCUGGGACAACGACAACAGACAUUGUAUCCACAACAACAAUAACACCGACUACAACACUAGCUGAGCCAACAACAACAACAGUCUCCCCAACCACAACAACAUCAUCUCCUACAACCAAAGCUGUGACAUCAACAACGAUUCCAACGACAACAGCCUCGCCAAAUACGACAGCUGAGCCAACAACAACAACAGUCUCCCCAACCACAACAACAUCAUCUCCUACAACCACAGCUGUGACAUCAACAACGAUUCCAACGACAACAGCCUCGCCAAAUACGACAGCUGUCACAACAACAACAACAACAACAACAACCGUAACAACACAUUCACCUACAACAACACCUGUACCAUUGGUCCUUGAAAUAGAGCUUUACUUGCGCGCCCCAGUCUCAAGUGCACCAUCUAACUUCUUCAAUCUAGUCAGAACCACUCUGGCAGGUUUACCCUUACCCUUUCCCGCCCACCCAUAUUUAACAGUAAUGAACAUAAACUUUACUACGGGUUGCUAUCCAAACACCACUGAAGGACUGCAGUGUCAGUGUGAAGAUGGAUUUGCUUGGUCAUGUGACAAGUGUAAAACCUACGGCGAAUGCAACGAUACGAGCGGACAAACCUGCAACUGCAUAAAUGGACUUCCUGAUGGAGAGUUCUGUCAGCCAGAGACCAAUGUUGCUUGUCCACCACCAAAUGUUACAACUACAACAGGAGUUACAACCACAACCGCAGAUGUCACAACAAUCACAACGCCCGUCACAACAACCACAGUUAUACCAACAACCACAAAAGCAGUUACAACAACCACAGUUAUACCAACAACAACAACAGCAGUUACAACAACCACAGUUAUACCAACAACAACAACAGCAGUUACAACAACCACAGUUAUACCAACAACCAUAAAAGCAGUUACAACGACAAUACUUGCAAAUGCUUCAAAAAAUGAAAUGUUCACCAUCGACAUGGAUUUCAAGGCUGAAUACAAUAACAACGAUAGUAAAGUUUACAAGGACAUUUAUAAUGCUAUUCAAGGAAAAUGCCAAGGGGCCAUACCCGGGUGUUUAGUAGACUCCCUUUCGUUCCAGAGUGGAAGCACAAUCGCGACCUACACUCUCAGAGCUCCAGCUAUUGAAGACUUACAACUGACGGACGUAAAAUCCGGGAUAUUUACCGAGCUGGUACGAUUAGAGUACCCCGUUGUGUUUGAAUCUGAUACAGACUUAAAUGUCAAUCCCGCAAAAAUCUUUCUCGGGCAACGUGUGACCGUGACCUGUGGUCCUCCACCAGCGAGUCUGAGCUUCGGCUCUGAAUGGACAGCCAAGUGGACGCUUAAUGGGGGCUCAAUCCCUGAAAAUGAGUUGUCCAAAACCGAUGGAGCAUCUGUAUUAACUAUAGCAAGUUUCUUCCGAGCUGAUGAAGGAACCUAUGAAUGUAAGUUGAAAAGUGAAAACAAUUCAACUUUUCUACAGAGGGGAACUUUCACUCUUGAAAUAACCCCUGAGAUCAAAGUGGAACCAAGCAAAAAGAAAGUGCAAUGUACAGAAGAAAGCUCGGUGGCGCUAAAGUGCUCUGUCAACGCCCCCUAUGUGGUUAAGUUCCUAGACCGGAGUGAAGCUACAGGAAAUGAAAUCACAUACGAUUUUCCUGUUCCUCCCGACUGUCCAUCCACACAAAUCUUAAUCACCUGUCAAGUGGAACUCGAAGGAAACAGUAAGGUUUUUAAGGAAGAAAUCAAAUUGGAAUUCACCAGAGAAGUGUUUGUAUGUUUCAAUGCCACAUAUGGAAACGGACCUGUCGGCUUUGUUGGUGAAGCACCUUGCGAAAAGGACUUUGAGGGAGAAAAGACAGCGGUUUGCAGGGCAGAUGGUACAUAUGGAGACUUCCAAGACAACUGCGUCCUGCGGCCUGUUAAGCAACUGUUUGAACUGUCUGAGAAUUUGAAUAUUGCUGCAGUGCCACAAUUCUUGGACGACCUCAGUGAAAUCACUGCGAACUUCACUGAGGAAGUCACAGAGUCUCCCGCCACGAUUAACACCAUUGUUAGGAUACUCAACAACGUGGCCGAAGUGUAUUCAUCUCCAUCUUCAUCUAUAGGUGAAAGCUCACUAAAGAAUGUCCUUGGAACGAUAGGCAUUCUCACCAGACCCGAGGCAAAGAAUUCAUGGAAUACUCUGAACCAGAAUGAUAACAAAAACACAAGCUCAGAAAGAAAAGACGAGGAGUCUGGAAGUGUCAGUUCAUUGUUGUUGCAGUCUCUUGAGACGAUAACAAAUCGUCUUUCCAACACUUCCUCUAACAUUGAAACCCCGUUAAUCAUCCUGAACAAAACUGAGUUCACGGAAACCUUUAGUGAGGAUUUCAAUUCUUCGGUGGAAGUAGAUAUACCAGAAUCUGAUGGACAAAGAAAAUCAAUCACAGUGAUAACAUUUUCCUCCAUGGAUACCGUGCUCCCUGCAAGAGACGAAGCCAAUUCAUCUGACAAUGUUAUCAACGGAAGGGUUGUACUUAUUCAGUCCAGUGGCAAAAUCAAUAACAUCUCAUUAACAUUUGAUACUCUCAACGAUACUCUGCAGGAUCCAAAGUGUGUUUUCUGGAACUUCUCACUCUUUGAAGGUCUUGGAGGAUGGGACGACAAUGGGUGUACCUUGGUGAAUGACAACGAAACAGUCAGCUGCAACUGCAACCAUCUCACCUCGUUCUCCAUUCUCAUGUCACCUUUCGCUCCAAAUAACCCGAUAUUGGACUAUAUAACCUACAUCGGUGUUGGCCUGUCAAUGGCUUCGUUGGUCAUAUGUCUCAUCAUUGAGGGUAUCAUCUGGAGAAAAAUAAGAAAGAACACCACAUCCUACUUGCGUCAUGUUUCCAUCGUGAACAUUGCUGUUUCUCUCUUGAUUGCAAACAUCUGGUUCAUCAUUGGGGCGGCCAUCGCAGAUGCAGAUCAGAAAAACCCACCAGCAUGCAGUGCAGCUACCUUUUUCAUCCAUUUUUUCUAUCUGGCUCUGUUCUUCUGGAUGUUAGCCUCAGGUCUGCUGCUGCUCUAUCGCAUGCUCAGUGUCUUUGGUGGGGGGUUGUCUAAAGCGGCCAUGUUGGCUAUUGGAUUCUGUCUGGGAUACGGUGCACCACUCAUCAUCGCAGUAAUAACCAUCGCUGUAACUGCACCUGCAAAGGAAUACAUCAGAGCAAAUACUGUCUGCUGGCUCAACUGGGACGAGUCCAAAGCCCUGCUGGCAUUUGUGAUCCCUGCUCUGGUAAUAGUGGUUAUAAACCUCAUAAUCCUGCUGGUGGUGAUAUACAAAAUGUUGAGGAGCAGAAUUCAGUCAAGUGCUACACAGCCAGGUGAGAAACAUGUUCUGAUGGUCAUCGCCCGGACUUUGGCUGUACUCACACCAUUCUUUGGAUUGACAUGGAGUUUGGGAGUUGGGACAAUGACUGACCCAAAUAAUGAAGGAAUCCAUAUUGCAUUUGCAUUCUUCAAUUCGCUGCAGGGUUUCUUCAUCUUGGUAUUUGGGGUGCUGCUGGACAAAAAGGUGCGGUCAGAGCUCACCAUGAAGUCAACAACUUCCCAGGGAAUAACAACGAGCACCGGUGCCGGCGCUACAUCCAGUGGACUGGGAAUUUUCCAGAACUUGAGACGAGGCGGAGGUAUAUCGGGUGCUUCAAAUGGCUUACCUGAAUCGCAAUCAUUACACAUCUGAACACACAUGUGGACAACGAGGAUACGUAUAAAGAUGACCACACAAACAAGACCAAAAUUUAAAUGAAGGAAUUUUCUUUAUGAAAGCUGCUGAAAACACCAUAAAACCUUAAACUUUUCAGUGUGACAUAUUUGUGGGAUGUAUAAUAUUGCAUUGUUUACUGUUUUUACACAUUUUCUAGUGACUCAUUUUGCUAAAUCAAAAAAGUGUAUUUUCUUUUUGAUAAAGGGGGUUUUAUAAUUUUGAGAAUAAAUCUUAGCAGUGGGUACUACUAAUGUGCUCAUACUUGUUUGUUCUUAGUCUGGUGCAUUCAAAAUGUGCUCGAAUGUAAGUGUGCACUGAACAAGUUAAAGGAAAAGAACUGGGUCCACUCAGGUUUUGAGCUCUUCCACACUUUGUCUAUUGUUUUUUGUUUUUUUGUCCACUCAAGGGUGAAAAGCUAAUGUGAACACCAAAACAAACCAGGAUUUUCUACAAUAGGGAACCAUCACUUUCUGCUUUGGCCCAGAGGAAAAGUACCAAAGAAAAAGUUUGGGUGCACCCUAACCCCGGUCCCACCUGGAGCCGAAACGUUCAUUCCUCAGCACGACCACAAGGUCCCAGUGGACGUAUUUCAGAAGCUGAGUGCUCCUGCAUCCUGCCUGUUCACAUAGAUUUAUGAGAUUACGAUUUUCCCUGUUUCCCGCACUUGUUUAAAGAUAAAUAUCACGCCAUAUUUUGCCUUUUCUAUUAUCCUUAUCAAAAUUGUUGGCAGUGUUACAUAAAAUAAGCUAUUGGGCUUCAAAAAUGAACCUUUCCCCGUAUUUGGUUAAAAUCCCUUCGGAGACCCUCUGAAUCGACAAUGUGGAUGUACGAGUUGUAUAUUUAAAGACACAAGAAUGUCAGACGGAUUUUUCAAAACAGAUUCAAACAGAUUUUUGUUAGGUGACCCGUGAAAGUUGAUUUCAGAAGACGCCAUUAAACAUUGUAUUUGAUACCACUGAUCUUUUACAAGGAUUACUCUGUAAUUAUCACAUAACUUCAGGACUUUAUUAUGUUCUUUUGCUACUCCAUACAUACAAGUCUUUAUAAAUAGUUUUAUCAAUUGGGUGUUUCUCACACUUAGAUUCUGACCAGGCCAUUGUAUUUGUUUUAUACUCUGUUAAAUCACUACCGGCUGUUUUAUGCAUCCUGUGUAUACGUAUCCCUUGAUCAGAAAUAAUUAAGCAGUUGUCGGAUAUCUGCUACACUACACAAUAAGGAAAUGUGUGCCACAUUUACCCCAAUUACCCCAAAACCUUAAUUGUUUGCACUUUGAUUGCACUUUCAGUUCAAGUCUGUUCUUCUUUAGGUUUUAUUUAUCUUUUUUCAAGUCAUGUUUAAGUGCUGUUGGCGUAGAUGCAAUAAUUAUAUUUUUUUAUUAUAUAUAUUUAUUGUGUGUGUCCACAUGUACUGUUUCUUGCUUGUUUCACAUUGUCUACAGCAAUGUAAACAUUUGAUGAUUUAUUUUUCUUAAAUUCAAUAAAUGUUUUAAGUCAUCCAACUCUAUUAUAGUAUUGAACAAUCAUUCCCAUCCACCUUUAAAGUCAAACAGAUUUGUCUGGUCGUGCACAAACACUAGUGUGUUACUACUACUAGUGCGUUACUACUACUACUACUACUACUACUACUACUACUACUACUACUACUGUCAUUCAGCAGACGCUUUUAUCCAAAGCGACUUACAUGUGAGAGAACAACACAAGGACAAAAGUUACUGUUAAC